GUCAAACAGCUGAUUACGAUAGUGACAAACAAUAAAUGAUAACUGUGAAUUGAAUUCAUAACUUUGAAAUUUCCUAAACAAUUAUUGCAAAUUAAUUUUAAAAAUGGAAUAGACAAAUCAUAUACGAUUAUCUAUUAAAAAUACUUGUACACUUUCAAUAUCAAUAAGAAAAAAUUAUCUCACUAGAAACUUAUGUUUAAAUCUGAUAAGGUUGUAAAGGAUGCAAACGUAAUCUCCGUUAUAAUAAGUUAACCUUUGGCUUCGUUAUACUUUCAAUGAUACGACGAGUAUAGUUUUCUAUUUUUUUGCUACAAAAUUGAAUUACCCUAUAAAAUGAUUUUGUCAAAGCCAAUUCUAAAUGCUUUAAGUUUUUAUUUUGGACAGUUAUUUGAGCAUCCCUUGAGAACAAAAGCCAUUACCUGUUCGGUAAUAGCCACUGCAGGUAAUUAUGCAUCUCAAAAGCUAUCAGGAGACAAGACAUUAAACCACCACAGCUUAUUAGCCUAUGGCUUAUAUGGAUUAAUUUUUGGUGGAACAAUUCCUCACUACUUUUAUAAUUUCCUAGAACGAACUAUAUCUGAAGAAGCUUCCUUUGCUGUAAUUAAAAAACUUCUAAUAGAGAGACUGGUCUAUUCUCCCUUGUAUCAAGCUUUCACAUUAUAUGUUUUAGCCAGAUUAGAAGGAAAAGAUCAUAAAACAGCAAUGCAUCAAUUACAGGACUUGUAUUGGUUGGUUCUUAGCAGUAGUUGGAAAUAUUUAACAAUUAUUCAUUUGAUAAAUCUCAGCUUUGUGCCACCUGUGCCAUACAUUUUUAUUGAAAUUCAUCGUACCAUAUUGAGGUAUGUUCCUCUAGGUUCCAAAUCAAUUUUCUUCAGUAAAUUCAUCAUGAGUCCCAUUUGAUCAUAUAUUCAACUAUGUUAUGAGAGUGUUUAUCACGAAUAUAAUGGGAUUUUUCUGGACAAUAUAUCUAGCAAAUAAAAGAAGACAACAACAAAUGAAAAGCAAAAAAUGAAAAGAUAUAAAAAUCUUGUUGAUGUUCUUAUGGGUUUUUGGUUAUAUUUGUACUAUUUUGUUUCUUAAUUUUCCAAUUUUAUACUAAAUGUAUUUAGGGUAAUAAAAAGCUACUUAUUGA